AUGGAUGAGUAUAGAUAUAUCUGUCCAUGGGCAAUUCAUGUGAUUUUCUUUCUUUCUGUCUGUCUGUCUUUCUUUCUUUCUCUCUCUCUCUUUCUUUCUUUCGUUCUUUCUUUCUUUCUUUCUCUUUCUCUCUAUUUCUUUCUUUCUUUCUUUCUUUCCUCCUCAGGGAAUUUAAUUUUUCUCUCCAUUUUUUUUCUUGGCCGCUUCUCUCAGUGUAUUUCAUUUUCUUUCUUUCUUUCUUUCUUUCUUUCUUUCUUUCUUUCUUUCUUUCUUCUCACCUCAGAGCAUUUGUUUACAUUUUUCUUUCUGAGUUCAUGUGAUUUUCUUUCUUUCUGUCUGUCUUUCUUUCUGUCUGUCUGUCUUUCUUUCUUUCUCUCUCUCUUUCUUUCUUUCGUUCUUUCUUUCUUUCUUUCUUUCUUUCACUUUCUCUCUAUUUCUUUCUUUCUUUCCUCCUCAGGGAAUUUAAUUUUUCUCUCCAUUUUUUUUUUCUUGGCCGCUUCUCUCAGUGUAUUCCAUUUUCUUUCUUUCUUUCUUUCUUUCUUUCUUUCUUUCUUUCUUUCUUUCUUAUCUUCUCACCUCAGUGUAUUAGUUUUUCUUUCCUUCCUUUUUCUUUUCUCUCUUCAAUGCGUUUAUUUUUCUUUCUUUCGUUCGUUCGUUCCUUCUUUUGCUUCCAUUAUUUUCACUAUUUCAGUCUUUCGUUCCUCUUUUUUCCCCAGCGAUAAUAUUUCUGUAUCGUUAUCUCCGUCUCUCUUUUUCUCUCUUUCCCAUGUAAACACGCACCCCCGCCUCCUUCAUCGUCUCUAUAUAAAUUUAUGUCCUUGCUAUAACUCAAAAUACACGUUCCUUUCAAUUUGGGGGAUUUUAUAUUCUUCAUUAUUUUUUUUCAUUACCUCGUUAAUUUUCCCAUCCCAUCGCCAGUCAUAUUCUUUCUGA